AAUACAAUACCGAGAAACAGCCAAAAUGGCGGAAGGAAAAGUGAAAAAUUUACUUCGUUUGUCAACUUUGAGAGAUAAGUACGAUGCUUUAACCCUAGCAAUUCAUGCUUGUUUGGUAGAAAAAGGAUUCCGAUGCAUUGGCUGUGGAGAAGAGAGAAAUAGCGACGAAGAGUUUGACUAUGGAGAGACUUUGCCUCCUGAUUGGAAUAGUUUGAACGAUGUGUAUGCUUUGCAGUACAGGCAGGGAAACAUAGGGCCAUUUUAUCUCUUUAAAGCUUUAAAACUUGGAAAUAUGUUGGCUGUCUAUCUAAUGGAUAUUCAAGCAAAUGAAGGGCUUACAAGCAAAAAUGAACAAGGAAGUUUUAGAUMGGUUUACAGGCAGACGGACCACUUCACAUGGAUCUAGAGAUGACAGUCAAACUAGCAGGACACAGCAAAGAGAGCAACCAAGAGGAGUGGGAGAGCAAGAUCCUCUACGUGUUUCCCCAAGAAGACCUCCAGACUUCAGAGAUGAGUGGACACCACCAACUGGAACCUUUCCUUAUGGAGAUGGAGACAGAUUUCCUGGACAUCCAGGUGGUGGUGGUAUGCUAAUGGAUCCAUUUAGAACAGGAGGUGGUCUGCCAUCUAUGCCAGGAACUGGAUCAGUACCUGGACAGUUACCAAGAGGGUCUGUUCCUCCUGGAGCAAGGUUUGAUCCAUUUGGACCAGUACCACCAGGUGGGGCAAGAGGAGACACACAAUCUGGCAGAUUUGCAGGGCCUGAUCCUGAUGAGCUGCCACCUCCAGGAUAUGACGAUAUGUUUAUGUAGAUAGCUCUGACUUGAUUUGAGACUUUUCCACAGUACCUUGCUUGUCCACUAAACAAAAGGCUACAAUUAAAGAGUCUUAUUUUACUGCUUUGUUAUAAUUAAGCUGCCAAUUGUUUGAUUAAAAUUAUUUAAGUGCAAUUAAAAAAACAUAAAAUGGA